GCACAAGACAACAUUCUGAGUACGGCAGGCAGCCGUUGGAAGCUGUAGCACCACCACCAUACAGUUUUGACUAAUUGGUGCCCACUGCGCUCUUGGCUUUAGACUUCUCAGCUUCACAGAUCCCAGAGCCUCAAACUCAAAGACCACAGCAAAAUCCAAAUUCGAAAGUCCACCUUGGUUUAACGGUAAAACGGAAUGCCAACAAGUAGUUAAACCAACUGUUUAGUUUUUAUCAUAUCUUUGUCAUUCUUCUGUUUCUGGCUUUUCAUUGUUCCUCCAAUUUCCCUGCUGAGCUGCCAAGAAGACCCAGAGAACCUUCCUCCCAGCCUCCCAGUCUCAUCCCUCUCUUUUGGAACUUUGUAGAGACUCAGAUAGAAGAGAUCAGGGCAAAGCCUUUUAUUUUCCUUCCAGCAGGUAUGGAAGACCAUGCUGUUUGUGAUAAUACUGUUGGCAGUCCUGAGGUUGAGAUAAACUACCUAAAUCAACGGGUGCAAUCUAAUGAAUCUGGCAUGCAAGAGUUAGAGAGUUACUUGAAAGUUUUAACAAAGCUGGACUUGGACUUGGCAUAUUCUUCUGAGAAGUUGGCAAAUCUCCAUGUACCUCUUAUAUACCUGUUGGCUCAGCAGAAUGAUCUCGAGGCAAUGGCCACCGUCAAUAACUAUAUUCUUGCAGACUUUAUUGAGAAAGUAUUGGUAUUCAAUCUCCUAUCUAGCAUUCUAGAUUCUGAGGUAAGAGAGCUAGACAAUUUCAUGGAUGCUCUCCAAGCAGGAAUUAUUGAUGCCCGUAAAAAAAUAUCUUCGUGCAGACACUUGGGAAAACUGUAUUCUAUAAUGGAAGGAAAGUUAAAUGAUUCUGAAGAAUCACUAAAGCAAUCUCAAGAUCAGAUUUCAGAGCUUAAGAUGCAGUCAGAAAGGUUUCAGAGAACCGUUCUAGCUUUUGCACAUGAGAAUUGGAAAACUGACAUUGCCAUGGAUUUAUCAGAAAAUGCUCAACGGGCGAAUAAAAACGUAAAGUCAAAUUUAAAGAUGCCUAGACAACAAAGACAUAAUCUGUGGAUGCUGGAGAAAUCACUUUCAAGAGAGCUAUAUCUUGAGAAGAAAUUAACUGAAUCAAGACAAAAUGAAGAAGAACUUAAAUUAAAGCUACAUCAUACAGAACAGGUAGCAUUUCACAUGGAAGAAGCAGCAGAAGUUGUUUGGGGAAGAUUUUUAGAGGCAGAGAAUGCUGCUGAGGUGCUCCAGGGGAUUUCAAAGGAAUUAUUAGGUCGACUGCAGCUAAUUCAUUUUAAUCUGAAUGGUUCAAUUCAACGAGAAAGUGAGCUAAAAUUCAAACUUCAAGCUAGUUUAGAAGAGCUGAAAGCAAAAGAUACUGCUUUGCAGAAGCUCAAGAAUGUUCAUGAAGAGAACAUUAAGAAAGAUGUUGAACUGUCUGCUUUGAGAGAAAAGGUGGUGUUCCUUGAGAAACAGCUGAAAGAAUCAGAGCUCCAGCUGAAGAAUGCAAAUUCCACCAAUGAAUCAAGUCAAGAGAAACUUGGGGAAAUGGAAAGGUUAGUUGAGUCUUUGAGAGAAAACAUCUUUACAACAGAAGUUAAGGCUGAGAGUGCAGAACUUAAGGUUGCGGAAUUAACAGGAACGAAUGUGGAACUCACUGAAGAGAUGAGUUUUCUAAAAGGAAGUGCUAGUAACACAGAAAAAAAGGUUGGCAGUCUAGAAAAGCAGUUGAGGGAAGUAGAGAUCCAAUUACAGCAUGCAAAAGCAUCCUCUGAAGCAAGUCAAGAGCAGCAGAAUAUGCUAUAUGCUGCAAUUUGGGAUAUGGAAACUUUAAUUGAAGAUCUAAAAUCAAAGGUUUCAAAAGCUGAAAAUAAGACAGAAAGUACAGAGGAGCAGUGUGUUGUGUUAUCUGAAACUAACUCAGAACUAAAUGUGGAAAUAACUGUUCUAAGGGAUAGAGUGGAAUACUUGGAAUCGUCUUUGGAUCAGGCUAACAAUGCAAAAUUUGCAAGUGCAGAAGAACUCAAUACCAGAAUCAAGUUCAUGAUGGAUAUGGCAAUGCAACUAGCCAUAGAACGAGAGCGCAUCCAAAAGCAGGUGCAUGUCUUAAUGAUGGAGAAAAAACUGCUGGUGGAGAAGCUAUGGAACACCAAAAAGGAUGCAACUGAGUGCAACAACGAAGACAGUGAAAACAAAGAGCUUCCAUUUUCCGAGAAUAAUUUUUUGAAUGCUACUUCUAUGAAGACAUCCACAGAGGCUGUGACAGAGUCCUUAGAUAAAAGUUUCCAGGUGGAUGAACCAUCAGAAGGGACACCUGAGUGUGAUACUGAUGCAGGGGCAUCCAGUUCUGCUAGCAGCAUGGUUUCAGAACCUGAGACUCCCCGAGAGGCGAAAUUGAUGAUGACCAUUGACCCAGUCAGCCAGUGCCCAUUCCAUUUACGUCUCAUCGUUCGACAGGUGUUAACAAAAAUCCAAAUCGUUCCAAACCCGUCGCAUAGAAACCCUAAUCCCAAGCCCCUUAUAAAAAUCUCUCUUUGGCCUACACCUGAUUACUCCGACGAGUACAAAUCUGAAAAAAAAAAAAAAAGCGAACUAUAAACUGAUGGAUUCCAAGCUUCUCGUUACGGAUGUGUAUCUUUCACUUCCUUUAUCUUUUUCUGUAAUUAUUGUAUGAAUUUUACUGGGAUUUUCAUUAUCAAGUAUUAUCUUGGAAUUAUUUCAUUGUAAUGCACCAGUUAGCCCCCUGCUUCUUGGAAAUAUAGUCGCAGGGAAAUUUCGAGCAAAGGGUCGGUGCAAAAUUGAAACUUUGGCAUCAGUUGUGCAGUGAAUUAGAGUGCUUUCUCUUGCACAACUAAGUUUUGCCCAAAAAGCAGGAAAGUUCAAAAAUUGAAGAAUGGCAAAGCAAAAUGAUGAAACUAGAAGUUUUUAUAUCUGAAUUUGAUGUAGAACCUCCUAUCAUGCCUUCAAAGUUCUCUGAUUGCUUUGUUAUAUCUGUUACAGGAUGACAUGUUUUCUUCUUUCUAAAAUUAAUAGUUUGUAUGUCUGUGUGAGCAAGGCCUUAAUGAAGCUUAAUCUGGCAAAAACUAGCAAAAUGAUGAGAUUUGUAUUACUGAAUUUGAUGUGGAAUCCCAUACCAAACUGGUCUUCAAAGUUCUCUGAUUGCUCAAGUUGCCAUGUAGUAUAUGUGAUUGUGUUUGAUUGGCAAGCUUGUUAAAAGGGUUUAUUUUCUUUUGUUUAGUUUUCAAAGUUUUGAAGGAUUUUCUUCUUAAAUGUGUGUGCAUGAGUUGAUUUUCAUCUUUGCUUGGCUGGCUGAUGAGAGCAGUUGAAGUGAAUAUGAGCACCAAAAUUCAUAAUCUGUCAUGUAUUUGUAUUUCAGAUUGUACGAGCAUGGUGCUACAUUGAAGGUAUCUCUUUGCUUGUUCAUUGCAACUUCUCUUGUAUUCUCGUGUGAUAGUUGAAGCAGAGGUUGGGAGACAAUUAAAUGAUGAACUUGACAUUUUUUAUAUGUACUAAUAAUGCAAGUCUUGAUCUGACAGCAGAAACAUUAGUUUUGUACUGAGAGGAUUGUUGGCUGUUCCAUGUGUGGCAUUAGUCAUAGUUCUUUCUUUCUUUCUUUCUUUCUUUCGUGCCUUUAAUUUCAAGCGAUGGUUGUCUCACUCUGUAUCUUGCGAAAAAAUUGACAAAAUGUGUAAGAAUGAUAAAUGAGGAUGACACCAACUGCCCCUUCAGUGCUGUACAAUGCAAUGCGUAAUAAGAGAGCAAGUAUGCCUGAAA